AGGGGUAGAAAGGUGGGGCGAAUGUAUACGAUAUUUAGGGCUGGAUUCAUGUCCGUCGGGUAGUUGGUGGUGCGCCGUCGAUUGACGCAUUUUGUCCCGGUUAUAUUACUCGGUUCUUGUAAUAUUAUACCAACCCUCUAAGUAAACGCAUCAUCCCCCCACUAAAAAACAAAACGCGCCAAAAUUCAACUUUGUACUAUCGCAUAAAAUAGUAAAUAUAUAAUUUUAAAAAAAUAUAUAUAUUUUUCCCCUUUUAUCAUGAUUUUACAAUAUAAGUGAUUUUCUUUGGAUAUAUAUUUUUGUGGUGAUUUGUUUUUCUUCUCCAUUUUUUCCGGUAGUGACAAAAUUGUUUUUUUUUUCGUUUUUUUAAAAAUUGUGAAAAGCAAUUUUUUUUUUUUGCUUUAUUUGUUAUAAAUCUAUAGAAACUGAGGAGGAGUUUCUAAAUUUUAUUUUUUUUUUUUGGAGAAAAUGGCACAGACUUAUAAUCAAAAAAGGAACGUCUACAGUAUUGACCAAAUUUUGGGGCAUGGUAAAAGUGAAGAUCAUGCAACAUCAUCAGACGCUGUUGGCGAUGGAGGUGAAACAGAACUCGGUCACUUGAGUGAUCAUCAGAUAAAUGAUUCUUUAAACGACCCAUUGGAUUUGGAAUCCGAUAGGCCGAGAAAAGUUCGCCGGUCACGAACUACCUUUACCACUUAUCAAUUGCAUCAAUUGGAACGAGCUUUUGAAAAAACACAAUAUCCAGAUGUUUUCACGAGGGAAGAACUUGCCAUGAGACUAGAUCUCUCCGAGGCAAGAGUUCAGGUCUGGUUUCAAAAUAGACGAGCAAAGUGGCGCAAAAGAGAAAAAGCACUUGGCAGAGACAGCAACUUCAUGCACGUGGAACCAGGUGGUGGAUGGUGUCCGACGGAUGCUGUUGGUCCUGGUACACCAACGGCACCUGCAGCAGCUGCAUUUCCAUGGUUUAUGCCAACAAUGUUUCCACCAAGUGUAUGGCCAAAUAGUACACCAAAAUUACCACCCCUUCACGCAUUUCUGUCACAGUAUAUGUUACCACAAAAUCUUGCCACAUUAAGUUCAGUUCUUCCUGUGAUGGGUCUAAGUCCACCUUCAUCUCUAAAUCACAAUAAUAUUGACACACGUUCCCUUAGUGCACAAUUGCAUUCGCACCCUCUUAAUCUUGGUGUUCAAAGUAUCGCACAAAAUCUCAGCUCAAAACAUGACAGGGAUGAAGAUUCUGGCUCGUCAGAUGACGAAAUUAGGAGGCAAAGUGCUGAAAUUCUACGAGUUAAGGCUGAGGAAGUAUUACGCAAGGUCGAGAAUUAAUUAGGAUUUAUUCAAUUAGUUUCUAUAAGAAAAAGAAAGAGAGAUAUGUGUAAAAAAAUCUUUUCCUUCUCAUUAUUUAUUCUGAAGAAUUAAAAUUUAGCCAUUUGAUCAAGGAAAUUUUUAUUUUUUAAUACUGAAAUUGUUUUUUAAUUUAAUUUUUAUAUUUUUUUUUUAAUUGUGAAAAUUAAAUUAAUUUUUAUUCAAAUUUUUUAACUUUAUAUUUUUUUUUGUUUUAAUUUAUGAAAAAAUCAUUGCCAUGUGAUGUGAAUUUUGUACAUAUAUUGUAACCAUAUAUAGUAAGUGAUAAUUUGAAAGAGAUUAAAUAAUUCAUAUUUUACUGUGAAGUAUUUUACGAAUUGAGUAUUGAAAAUUAGUCAAUAUUUGUAUUUUAAAUAGAUGAAUUUUAAUUAUAAUUUCCUUUUUUACAAUAUUAUAUCUGGAGAAAUAAUUUUUUAUCCGAACUAAAUAUUUAUUUAUUUUUUAAAUAUAUUUCUCUCAAAGAAAAAUAUAUAACUACUGAUUUGAAUUAAAUAUUUAUUUACCUCUAAAACAAUUAUAUUUUUCCUCUGGGUGUAUCUAAGAGAAACUAUUAAAAUUAAUUUUAGUUUAAUUAAAAAAAAAUUUAUUUACUUUUAUUUGGAAUAAAUAGUAAUAUAUUUUUUCAUAUUUGCUUUAAAUUGUAACAAAAAUAUAAUAAAUAGCGUAAAACAUUUCAGUAAAAUGAAUUAAUUAAUUUCUUUCACCUUGUGUAAAUAAUAUGUAAAUCACUUGAUAAUAUAUGGAGUGAGACAUUUUCUAUUGCCAGAAUUAUAUAGGUUUCAGCAAAAAAAAAAAAAAUCAUUAAUUCAUUUUUCAUGUAUUAUGCAAAAUCAAUAGUAAUUUUUUCCCGUAACUCAAGUUACAGUUAUCUCUCGAUAAUAAACGUUUGUUUAUGGUUUGAAACCUUAAAAAAAUAAUAUAUAUUUAUAAUAAUCAUUGUAAAUAUUAUUAUAAAUAUUAUACAUAAUAAUUAUUUAAUACUCAGGGAUCAGGAGAAAAACAGUGGACCCUCGAUUAUUGUCAUCAAGAUAAUUAUAAAAAAUUUACUGUAAUUCUCGCAUUGAGGUUUUUUUCUCGUUUAAAUUAACAAAAAAAAAUUUUAAUUU